GCAGCCACCGUGGGCUCUGGGGCUGCUCGGAGUUGCAACACCGCAGUAAAGUCCGGUUCCGCUGUUAUCCGUGGCGGUGACAGACCACCAACAAACCCCUCCGUAGCAUCCAAAAUCCUCCCGCCGAGCCAUCGAAUGUCUGCCCCUGCAGCUCCAGCAGCAACCCCGGCAUCGACGCUUGGUGUGUCCACCCGCCUGGACACGAAACCAUUCGCUUCCAUGCAGAUACGAUAUAGUAAAGUCCAAGCUGCGCGGUUAUUCCUCGGUUUCGACACUUUCGCCGCCAAUCUCUUGAGGGUUGUCGAGGAUAGCUCCAGCCGAUAACGGGCCCCACCAGACCGACACUGGCUCAAGGGGAGGCUAAAGUCGGCAAGGGGAAUAAUGCACUUGGCGGACUGGAGAGGGCUUGUCAGUGAGUCACGCCGGAAACGGUUACAUGAUUGUGUAUUUCACCGGUCAAACAUUAUGAAAUAUGGAAUGAAUCCCAGCGAUUGGCUGAUUUGCAGUAUAAUUAUUCAUAAAAUAAGGCGGGAAUAGACCAAAGGGGAGGGAUGUGGAAGGCUGGCAGUGACAAUUUUAUAAUCUCCAUUUUGGUAACCACAGCAGUCACAUGUUUUACAGUAGUUGUUUCCGAAUCCAGGGUGUGUGUAAUCACCACCAAGGUCAAUCAUUUGAUUCAAAUGACAUCGGCGCUUAUUGCUCAUUGGGUUUAGUUAUAUUAAAAUGUGUCCCCAACAUUGGCUUCGAAGGUCAUCACUGUUCUGUCUACUGUGAAAUUACUGCGUGAAAUGAUGCAUGACAGGCUCACUGUGCAUGCAAUGGAAGCAAUGCAAGAAUGUAAAUGUAUGCCGAUAAAUAAUAUACAUCAAAAGAUACACAACAGCUAUAGAUUUUAAACUGACCAAUAUCAAUAUGCAUUGGUCAAACAUGAAUGUACAAAACACACGCACCACACGGGGGCAUCAUUCAGCACAUUGGACAGCGACGUGUUCCGUGACGUGUCCACGUCGGCUACCGGAAGCUACGUCAUCUGAUGGAUUUAAAGCUUUUUAUUUUAUUUUGCUGGAUAAAGAUUAAUCUCGUUCGAAGAAAAUUGAUUUUUGUCGUUAAUCUGUGACUCAGGGGUAGGAUCCACCCGUGAUUAAAACGACUGGUAUGACGUGACGGCCAGUGUUAAUUUGUAUCAAAAUCACCAGGGGAAAGCAACACCUGGGUCCACGUAGUACGUUCCCAACCAUGAGGAGGUGACAGCCAGAUAACUCUGCUGCUAGGUCUUGCUGCUUGGACAUAUGGCAAGGAUCACUUUCUCAUGCCUGCCAGCCUCCUGGUACUGCAGUGUGUCCUUGCUGUCUCUGGGUUGUGUGCCCAGGCAAAGGGCCUUCUUCCUGGUGUUCCUCACCUGCUCUGCCCUGGUUUUCCUGGGGGUCUACCAGACUGAGCUCUGGGGGCCCCAGCGCCACAGGGGACACGUCAACAAAUACCUCUCAUCUGUGGAGACCAUGGAGGCGACUGAUGUCACCAACGCAGCUCUAAACUAUGGGAUCGUGGUGGACUGUGGCAGCAGCGGCUCCAGGGUGUAUGUGUACUACUGGCCCCCCCACCAUGGAAACCUCCACACCCUGCUGGACAUCAGGCAGAUGAGGGACCACGACCGCCACCCUGUGGUCAAGAAGAUCAAACCUGGUAUUUCCACCAUGGCACUGAGCCCAGCCAAGGCCAGUGACUACCUCCACCCCCUCCUUUCCUUCGCUGCCACCCAUGUCCCCAGGAAGAAACACAAGGAGACUCCUCUCUAUAUCCUCUGUACUGCUGGCAUGAGACUGCUGCCUGAGAGUCAGCAGGCUGCUAUCCUGGAGGACCUGGUAAGAGAUGUUCCAGUGGAGUUUGACUUCCUGUUCUCCAGCUCCCAUGCAGAGGUGAUCUCUGGGAAACAGGAAGGUGUAUAUGCAUGGAUUGGUAUUAACUUUGUGUUGGGACGCUUUGACCAUGCAGAGUACGAUGAUGCAAUGGUGGAGGUCACUACAGGGUCACAGAACCAUCACCCAAUUAGCCGGCGGCGUACAGUGGGCAUCAUGGACAUGGGCGGAGCCUCGCUGCAGAUAGCCUAUGAGGUGCCUAGCGCGGUCCACUUCAGUUCACCUGAACAGGAGGAGUUGGGUAAGAGCCUGCUGGCAGAGUUUAACCUGGGCUGUGAUUCAGAGCACACGCAGCACGUCUACCGUGUAUAUGUCACCACAUUCCUGGGCUUCGGGGGGAACAUGGCUCGACAGCGCUACGAAGACCAGCUGGUCAACUCCACCAUCACCAAGAACAGGCUGACAGGCGAUCAGACAGGCAUGAUGGAAGCCACACCCCUUGCGGACCCAUGCCUCCCUGUCGGCCUAUCAGACGUGGUGCGUCGGGACGGCCGUGCGGUCCACCUGAGAGGGCAGGGGGACUGGGCGCGGUGCCAGGGGGCAGUCAGGCCUUUCCUGGGUCUCCACAACGGCACCAUGGGAUCCCCCAGGGGGGUGUACCAGGCCCCCAUCGACUACAGCAACUCAGAGUUCUACGGCUUCUCUGAGUUCUUCUACUGCACUGAGGAUGUACUGAGGAUGGGGGGACCGUACGACAGCGCUAAGUACUCCAAGGCUGCCACGGACUAUUGUGCCACCAAGUGGUCAACCCUCACCAAGCGUCUGGACAGCAAGCUGUUCUCUAAACAAGCAGACUCCUCCAGACUGAAGUACCAGUGUUUUAAGUCAGCCUGGAUGUUCCAGGUGCUCCACUCAGGCUUCAGGUUCCCUAAGGACUACCCCAGCCUGAAGACUGCUCAGCUGGUCUAUGACAAGGAGGUGCAGUGGACCCUGGGAGCCAUCCUGUUUAAGACACGCUUCCUGCCUCUCAGGGACCUCCAGGCAGAGUCAUUUAAACAGGGCCACUCCAACUGGCUGCGUUCCUCCUUCGUCUACAACCACUACCUGUUUUUUGCCUGUAUCCUGGUGGUCCUGCUGGCCAUUCUACUGUACAUCCUCCGCCUCCGCAGGAUCCACCAGCGAGAACAGAGGCAGGCAGAGGCCCUGGACCUGCUCUGGGUGGAGGAGGGGGAGGCUCUUCUGGCCUGAUCCAGGAUCAGUUUAGACUCUGAAUCUUUCUUGACCUGAGGCCUUGGGUGUGGGGGGGUUACUGAUCUAGGAUGAGUCGAGAUGCUCUCAGUAACUGGUGUUCAUAGCCUGGUAUGCACAGCUCUAGGAUCAACCUUUCACCCUCUGAGUUGUAAGCUUGACUGGUGCUCUAUUUGUUAAGAGGCACUGAUCUAGGAUCAGAUUAUCAACCCGCAAAUCAUGACCUUGACUGGGACCAACGCCCUGUUGGGACAAUGAUCUAGGACCAGCUUAGUCACGCUGAAUCAUAACGUUGACUAUUGGCUAGAAAUGCAAUAGCAACGUCAUCCUACAACAGGUUUUAAUUAUGGGGGUGCUGGACACUCCCGUUUCUUUAACAGAUAUCAACGUUGACCUGGCCGUGAGCACCCUCGUAAAAUAAAAUAUCAACCAAGGUCCAAAUCACUAUUUAUAGUAACCUCUGACCUAGAGUGUUGAUGUAAACAUAAGUAGGAGGGGCCAUGGAACCGGAACCUUCAAAAGGGGGAGGAGAAUUGCAGGAUGUGGGUGAAACCUCAUGAAGGGAGAACUAGAUCGUUAAAACAACGAAACAGGAGAAUCCCAACAGGUGAACGACUGAGGACCGAGCCAUUCUAUUUCUAUUGGAGAUAAUUCACUGUUGCAGAGGGACAUUUUGUGUGAAGGAAGGUGAAGCUUGACGUUUGAGGCUGAAGUUGCCCUUAACCACAGAUCUAGAAUCAAGUAACCUACUCCUAAUCCUAACCUUAACCAUGAGGGGGAUGCAAAUAAAAUCUGACCCUGUAUCUGUGGUUAGUGGUAACUUCUAGCUACUUUUUGAUGAAAAGGGUGGCUCUAUGAUUGUCUGUUUUGGACAGUAUUGUAACCAUGAUAGUUAGUCUAUCUGACCAGUAUACUUCCUGUAAAUCUCACAAACAGGAAGUGCAUUAAUUCCUUAAUAAUCCCACUGUGGGAAUGCUUUUGUAUUGAAAAGCUACAAUGAGGAAUCAAACAUGGGGUGGCAGGUAGCCUAGUGGUUAGAGCUUUGGGCCAGUAACCAGCAGGUAGCCUAGUGGUUAGAGCUUUGGGCCAGUAACCGAAAGGUUGCUUGAUCGAAUCCCCGAGCUGACAAGGUAAAAAUCUGUCGUUCUGCCCCUGAACAAGCAGUUAACUCACGCCGAAAGACGUGGAUUUAGAUUAUGGCAGCCCCCCAUACCCCUCAGAUUCAGAGGGGUUGGGUUAAAUGUGGAAGACAUUUCAGUUGAAUGCAUUCGGUUGUACAACUGACUAGGUUUCCCCCUUUCCCUUCUCAAACAAUUUAUUACAGCGGUUCAUUGAAUGUCCUUAACGUUUUUAACUCUUUGUUUUGGUGCUGGGAACAGAUUGUUCUGAGCCAGUUAUGUUGAUGACAAGCUAGGAGUGAAACGGGUUGUCAGUGUUUAAUGGAUUGUAGUUGAUGCCUUCUGAUUGCAUUGUGUUGAACUGUGGUACACACGCGCACACACACACACACACACACACACACACACACACACCUGAACUCCAAGUUGUGUGUUACGAUGGGUCUAUGUCAGACUGUCAAUGUUAGUUACCACCAGCUCCUCACCUGCCCUGUACUGUAAAUAUCCAAUCAGACAUCACUAUCGGUCUGCUCUACUACUCUUGAUAAUGUUGGGAGGUAUUGCUGCUGUUAAAUGAGAUGCAUUGAAUUGCUAAUCAAAGGAGCUAUCUUGUUAUUUUGAGGCUGUAUAAUUUGAGUCGUCACAAUGCAAGUGGAAGUGUAGCGUCAGUGAUUUUAAUGUCAAUUCAUCACACUUCCUUUUGGCUUUGGACUCUUUCUCUGGCUGAAACCUUCAGUGCAGCAUUUGAAUGGGGUCUUAUACCUUCCCUCGGUUUGACCCGUUUGUUUUGUUAAAAUGUACAAGAGGAAGGGGCCUCUAAUUGUUGCAGCUCUAUUUUGACUCUUCCUAAAGAAGGACCAAUGAUCAACUGGACCAAGUUUGUGUUCCAAAUGGCACCCUAUUCCCUAUAUAGUGCACUACGUUAGAGUGGGGCCCUAUUCCCUAUAUAGUGCACUACUUUAGAGCAGGUCCCAUAGGGCUUGGGUUAAAAGUAUUGCACAAUGUAGUAAAUAGGGUGCCAUUUGGGACAUAAUCCUAACUGUCUUGUCGGUCUCUUAUUGAGGAAAAAUAACUACAUGGAUGUGAGAAACAAACAUCUGUUUUAAAUAAAUCAAUGUUUUAAAACAUGUUGUUUCUCUUUGGGUACUUUCUCUUGGUACAUGUUUAGGGUCGCAUUCAUUAGUGCACAUGGUAGCAAAAAUGUUUUGCAAUGGAAAACCAAGUUCUUAUUGAACAAGUUCAGGUACUCCCUGUUGCAUUCCAUUUCUUCUGUUUGGUGCCUAGUGUAUAUGACUGAGCUGGUUUAGCAGGUCUUGGUAAUGUGUGUCAAUGUGCCCUGACAUGAACCGAGGUUGGCAGCUGGCACUUUCCAGGGCAUUCUGGGUGUUUAUAUCAUCCAGGUACGAGAGACGGGUGCAGGUCGAUGUGCCAACGGACCAAGGCUGACUCUCCCCAUUUGACUUUCUUCAGGGAUGGAAUUAUCCACAAUAAAACUCUUGUUUGGCUUUCUGUUUGCUAACAAUGUAGGAAAGGAAACAAGGAAAGGAAACAAGGUGGAAGCUUUGGCCACUGUCCAAACAAAUUCUUCUCUCGGGGAAACAAAAAGAGCACCCUUACCAACCUGUUUUCUUAAAAAUAUACUUUAAUACAACAGCUGCAUAUAAAUAUUAAAAUAUACAUUAUAAUGGUGUACAGUACACUCACACAAAACAAAAAACAAAAAUUAGGCUUCUAUUUGUACGGCACUUUACUUUCUUUUCUUGCUGCUUUUUAAUGUUUAAAAGAGUUAUUCCAUUCUGUAUUUUGCCAAGCGUUUAUUGUACUAUUGUGAUUAUUGUAGGUUAUUGAAAACAGAGAGGGGGGGGGGGGGGGUUAGAGGAGUUGUGAAAGGAUAUGGGGGGGUGCUGUACAUGACAUGAUGACACUGUGUUCUGGAAUGUAUCCUGUUUGUAGUCCAGAAGAAAUUUUUGCAGUUCCAAAAGAAUUCCUCGUGUCCAUUCCUCUUCUUACUUCGCUCUGUUAGAAAAUCAUUGGUUUGGGUAUCAUUUGUCUUCCUCUGUGUGUCUGACAGUCCUGAUGGGGUUUAGGGUAAAAAAAAGAGUCUCCGAGCUCUCCGUCUCUCCUGUCUCGGGGCGUCACGUCAUCUUUGAAACAGGAGAGGGCCUCCAGUCUCUGGGAGGACAAUGUGGGAGUCUGUAGUGUGUGUGUGAGAGAAAGUCUUCAGUUCAGGACCAGUCACUGAGGGGUCACUGUAGUCCCACCAGGGUCAUCUUACAUCCGAGCCCAUUCAGGCUUUAAACAAAGCACACACAAGCCUUCUUCAGCUCUCUCUCUCUCUCUCUCUCUCUCACACACACACACACACACACACACACACACACACACACACAGAUUGAGCUAAGGUGGAAUUCACCUCAGUUUCAUCCAUUUCAGACAGUGAAUGGAGAGAAUCAUGUUCUCCACCUACAGAAGACCAACUAGAACACGAGGUAAUGCUCCAUUCUUCCUGGUAUGAACAUGGAAAAAGUAGCAAGAACACUUUGUAUUGUUGUCAACCUCGUUAUAACAUACUACAGUAUAGGCCUAGACAUUUGGCAGAAAAAUGCAUCCUACAAAUGUGUAAUACAGUGCUCACACUUGUUGAACCGUUUGUCAGUUCAAACUGGAUUCAGCCCUUGUUGUCGAUUUGCUCAAAGGCAUUCUAGAACUGGGUUUCUAAAGGCAGUAUUAUCAGGAAGGAUCCGUCUCUGGGAUCGGCUAGCUCUCCCUGUUGGUAUGUCAGAGCCCACUCAUUUAGUUUCCCUUUAGUGUGAGGCUGUGUUAGACCAGGGAGCUGGGUAAAUGGCUGGUCUGAAAUGGCACCCUAUUCCCUAUAGGGGACUACUUUUGACCAGCGCCCUACAACCUGAGUCCUAUGGGCCCUGGUGAAAAAGUAGUGCACUAUAUCUUGAACAGGGAGUCAGUUCGGAUGCACCCAAUCUGUGACCCCCCCCCCCCCUUAUGCCAGGUGGCAAAUCGGGCUGAAGGUGGAGAUCUGACUUGACUACAUUCCCCUGGCACCCCCCUUCUAUUCAAGGUAAAACAUAAACAGUGUUCUGAGAAGCAGAGUGAGUGGGAGGAAUGCUAGCAGAGUGUAGAGAGAGUCCUUGCCAAGACUUCGCCGCCACUCCCGCUCCAUCAAAGUUAACCCAAAACACAACCCAUGAAACGGUACAUGAACAGGAAGCGGGAAAAACACAUCCAGUUAGUGUAGGUCUAAGUGGGAGGGAAAACAACGAAUCCAGUUAAUGUAGGUCUAAGUGGGAGGGAAAACAACAACAGUUUGUGAGUUUGUUAGUUAUUUCUACAGUUGUUGUUGUUGUUGCAGAAAGCAGCAGGAGGGCAGUGCUAGUGCUCCUGCCAGAGAAGAGAUCGUGUGACUGUUCUGGCACGGUGUGUGUGUGUGUGUGUGUGGAGAAGAGAAGCCUCCCAGAGAGAGAAAUAUAUAACCACAGUACAGUAACACUCACUCUCCACCAUUUUACCAACACAGAGCGAGGCAAUCAACCAAGGCUUGCAUUCCAAUUUCAAUACUAACCAGCUCGAAAGACAUGAUAGACUUUAUCAGGACCAGAUUACAACCAGUUCUGGUAAUAAACUAGUUAUUACUUCAACCAGCUUUUGCCCACUGGGUACACAACACUAUCUGCCCACUACAUUGCUCCAUAAUACAUAGUAUGGACAUUUGGAACACAGAGGUUCGAACUUUGAGUCAAAUUUUCACUUAGUCAUGUAUUGAAAUGAAUGGGAAAAUGUCACUUACACGGAAGUUACUAUUCAUCCCUAAAAGAGAUGAUGAUUAUCAUACUAGCCACUGUGAGCUUAAAUCACAACGUGUGUUUGUGAGUUCAUCAUGAUACACAUGAGUAACGUUAAAAAAACAUUCAGAGACCAUUGUGUUGUUUUGGGCGAUUUGAAAGAGGCCUGUCCCCUAGUAAAAGGUGCCUCAACGUAAUGUCAGACCUGACUGUCCAUUUGGUCGUCCUCUCCAGUGUCUCUUCUGUUAAUCCAGCCACCAUCUGUCUUUGGCAUCGUGUUCCCUCAUAGUGCUCCGGGCUGCAUUCAGGACUACCAAAGUUACACAGAAACGUUCCAGAUUGAAGCCCGAUAGGAGUUUUUCCCGUUUUUGUACUGUGUAAUAACCAUCCUGUGUCCUCUUGCUCUGUUUUAAACUUUAAAAAAUGCUGCAUUCCUUCUUUCCUCUCCUCCUUGAAAAUCAUAUUGUUGAUAAUGUCAAGGAAGAGAAGGAUGUUUUU